GACAGCAAAUGUGUCACAGUGGACGCGGCCUCUAAUACCGUGCGUCAAGAAUCGAAACCAAACAUGCUUCAAAAGGGAAAACAAAAGAGAGCUUGGCAUUUAUAACAGAGCGUGAAUCAUAAAUCACUGCUCCUUAUAUAUGAAUGAGACUGACUGUAUCUUAUGUUUUUGCUGUUUCAUCUACGAAGAGCAGAAUUGGUCCCGUAGACCUUUUGGUUUCAUAAAUGACAUGGCGGGAGGUACAAGGCAGCAGAAGGGAUAGUGAGUGACAGGAGAUUCGGAGGCUGACAGCGGGAUGGCCCACUUUGAUACAGAGUACCAGCGCCUGGAGGCGUCCUACAGCGACUCUCCUCCCGGAGAAGAGAAUCUGCUGGUGCAUGUUCCAGAGGGAUCCAAAUCUCCAUGGCACCACAUUGAAAAUCUGGACCUAUUCUUCCAGAGAGUCUAUAAUCUACACCAGAAGAAUGGAUUCACUUGUAUGCUGCUGGGAGAAAUAUUUGAGCUUGUGCAACUGGUGUUUGUGGUGGCAUUCACAUUGUUCCUGGCUAAUUGUGUGGACUAUGACAUCCUCUUUGCCAACAAGUUUGUUAAUCACACUGAUUCCUCAAAGGUUACUCUCCCUGAUGCAUUUCUUCCAGUGGAUGUGUGCAGUGCUAGGAUCCAUGACAGUGUUUUGGUCAUCUUCAUCCUUAUCAUAUCAGGGGUCUUUUGGCUCCACCGUCUCUUCAAGUUUAUCUACAACAUCUGUUGCUACUGGGAGAUCAGAUCGUUUUACAUCAACGCCCUAAAAAUGUCCAUGGCGGACCUUCCUUAUUUCACCUGGCAGGAGGUGCAGGCAAGGAUUAUUGAGAUACAGAAGGAGCACCAGAUUUGCAUCCACAAAAAAGAACUGACAGAGCUUGACAUCUACCACCGCAUACUGCGUUUUAAAAACUACAUGGUCGCGAUGGUCAAUAAGUCACUCCUACCCGUGCGCUUUCGCUUGCCUCUGCUGGGCGACACUGUUUUUUAUACUCGUGGCCUCAAGUAUAACUUUGAGUUGAUUUUCUUCUGGGGCCCUGGAUCUCUUUUUGAAAACGAGUGGAGUCUGAAGCCAGAGUACAAACGUGGAGGGAACCGUUUGGAGCUAGCAGAUCGUCUGAGCUCAAGGAUCUUGUGGAUUGGAAUUGCCAACCUUCUCUUGUGUCCAGUUAUCCUGAUUUGGCAGAUUCUGUAUGCGUUCUUCAGCUACACUGAGGUGAUCAAGCGUGAGCCAGGAAGUCUGGGUGCUCGAUGUUGGUCCCUGUAUGGCCGUUUUUACCUCCGACACUUCAAUGAACUAGACCAUGAGCUGAUGUCACGCCUCAGCAAGGGCUACAAGGCCUCAUCGAAGUACAUGAACUGCUUCAUGUCACCAUUACUGACAGUGGUGGCCAAGAAUGUGGCAUUCUUUGCCGGCUCCAUACUAGCAGUUUUGAUUGCUUUGACCAUUUAUGAUGAAGAUGUAUUGGCUGUCGAACACGUGCUCAGCAGUAUUACAUUACUUGGGGUCUGCAUCACAAUCUGCAGGUCUUUUAUCCCAGACAAGCAUAUGGUGUUCUGCCCAGAGCAGCUGCUUAAAGUGAUCUUGGCACACAUACAUUACAUGCCUGAUCAUUGGCAGGGUAAUGCCCACCGCUACGAGACCAGAGACGAGUUCGCACAGCUCUUUCAGUACAAGGCUGUGUUUAUUCUUGAGGAGCUGUUGAGUCCUGUCAUCACUCCCUUCAUUCUUAUUUUUUGCUUGCGGCGUAAAUCUCUAGAGAUCAUAGAUUUUUUCCGAAACUUUACUGUGGAUGUGGUCGGUGUGGGUGAUACUUGCUCUUUUGCACAAAUGGAUGUCCGUCAACAUGGUCAUCCUGCGUGGAUGGCUGCUGGGAAAACAGAGGCCUCUAUCUAUCAGCAGGCAGAAGAUGGGAAGACUGAACUGUCACUCAUGCACUUUGCUAUCACAAAUCCACACUGGCAGCCCCCUCGGGAGAGCACGCAUUUCAUCAGCCUUCUGAAAGAGAAGGUGCACUGUGAGGCCGCCGCAGGACAGCAGGGAAUCAUAGCAGAGAAUCCUGCAUUUACCUCAACCCAUUCACUACAGUCUGAUUCAGAGCCUCGCAGUCUUAUUGCAAAUCUCCUGAUGGGACCCCCUUCCUUGGCCUCGCUGCAUCUGGGUCGAGAGGGCUCCAUCAAUCCUGUGUCCACUGGAGUGAGUGUGGGGGCAUCCGCCCUCCAUUCCAUCUCUCCAGUCAGCACGAGUCUACACCUGCGGAACAGCUACCCAUCUGCCAGACUGCCACGACCUGACCAUCCAGCUGUGGUGACAGGCUCAGGCACUGAUGCCCGUACCAUCAGCUCUGGCAGUAGUGCCUGGGAAGGCCAGCUGACCAGUAUGAUCCUAUCAGAAUAUGCCUCCACAGAGAUGAGCAUUCAUGCCCUCUACAUGCAUGAGAUGCACAAGCAGCAGUCGCGAGGUGAGGUGUCUCGACACACCUGGCACAGACAGGAGAGUGACGAGAGCAGCGAGAGUGUCAAUGAGGACAUAGAAGCCACCCGCAACUUCCCCCAGUCCAGCACUUUCCCAACUACCUCACACCAGGAGGGGCCAGCACAGCAGAGCGGAGGCCAACGGCGCUACGGCGGAGCCUCAGAUCCUGUUUUUGGAAGCUUUCGAGCCCAGAGAACUCCUCGUAUGACUAUGGGCGGCUGGUCUGAGGAGAACCAAAUGGGGAGACAUCACGACCCAGUGCCCGAGGAGGGGUCUGAGGAUGAGCUACCACCACAAAUUCAUAAGGUGACUUAACAGGUGUAUCGUAGAUGAAGUACUCAAGACUCACAGCAUCCAUUUACUUUUGGACACUGAUAAAAAUAUACUCUUGGACAAAAUUCGAGUCCGAGCUUAAUUAUUGUACGUCACAGAGUGGCAUCGUGUCAAAUUUUCAGAUGCAUUGUAAUGGUUUGAGCUUCUGAGGGAAUGAUGAACUACAUCAAAAUCACUCAGUUAUUCAUAGUUCUCACAUACUGAUCCACCUUUCAGAAGCUGCAAAACUGGUUCUGUAAAAUACUUCAUUGUGAACAGGAAAGUCUAUUUGACAGAAAGCAUCCCCAAGUCCUUCGAGUAAACGGUCUAAUAGGAUUGUGUUCAGUUGACCCUGACAUUUCCGUUCUUGUCAAAAAGUAAAUCUUGGUGUUGAUGUAGGAAAUCUGUGCUUAGAAUUUUUGAGCUGCUUUGAAUAAUUUUAAUAGGAGGAAGAACUAUUUAUAAUAUGCAAUGUGCCAAUAUGAACUUUUUAGCUUUGCAAAAAUAGAUUUUGUCAAACAGAUUUCUGUGAGGGGGGAAAACCACUGAAGAUCAUUCAAGCCUGGCACUGUAGAAAUAAUGCAUGCUCUCUUAAUUUUUAUUAUUUGCACAACAUCAAAUAAGAAUGCACUUUAUUCAUAUCCAAAGGACGACUCCAAGGCAGUGGUUAAAUCAAGACUUGUUUUUAUUAACAUGCAGUUUUAAAGGCAGUUGUAUAUUUCUGUCUAUAGGAUAAAACCCAAGGAUUCAGUUUAUUUACCAUGGCUCAGGUGAAUAAAACAUCUAUGAGAAUGAGGGGGUUAUGUAAAACAUAUUUCAUGUAUCUCAGGACCGGCUUGUUUUUAGCACUCGAGUUGCCCAGAAAGUGCAUGACACUUACUGGGUAAUUGCAGACUGUUGCACCUUCCAUCCUCAAACCCUUAACUGCUAAAAGGGAAGUAAACAAACCUUUGUGUAGUUUGUGUGUGACUGCAAAGAUCUUGGAUCUCAGUCAGAGACCAUCACCGCAUAAAAUGGCAAAAUGUAUAUAUUUUGUUUCUCAUAAACUGGCAUUUCUGAUAUCGCACACUACUCGCAUACAUUGUGCUUAGAGAGUGUUCAAGGUGCAAAUUGUGCAUGACCCUUGACCUUUAUACUGGUAUGUGUUUGUAAUAACUGGCCUGUAAAAUGCUUCUGUGACCUUAACUAAUCUAUCAACUGCAGCUGUGCAUUUUCCAUUGUCUUUUGUUUUCAGUUUUCUAGAUGGUGUUGUAUAUUUACAUUUGGUACAG